AUGAAGGCUGGCUUGUUUCCAGUUUAUCUGUUUUGCUUGUCUCUCUGGGUUCUGGCAGGAGAAAUCAAUGAUUCUGCCAGUUAUGAAAUGUUUACAUUUUACAAUGGAGGUGUAAAAAUUUUAUGCAGAUAUCCUGAGACUGUCCAGCAAUUUAAAAUGCAGUUGCUGAAAGGGGAGGAAGCUCUCUGUGACCUCACUAAGCUAAAGGGAAGUGAAAACACAGUGUCCAGUAAGAAUCCGAAUUUCUGCCAAUCCCAGUUAUCCAGCAACAGCAGUGUCUCUUUCUUCCUGCACAACUUGGACAGUUCUCAUGCCAGCUAUUACUUCUGUGAACUAUCAAUUUUUGAUCCCCCUCCUUUUCAAGAAGGGAUUGUUAGAGGAGAAUAUUUGCAUAUUUAUGAAUCACAACUGUGUUGCCAGCUGACGUUCUGGUUACCCAUAGGAUGUGCAGCUGUUGUUGCAGUCUGCACUUUUGGAUUCAUAUUUACAUGUUGGUUUAUAAAGAAGAAGUAUCAGUCCAGCGUGCACGACCCCAAUAGUGAAUACAUGUUCAUGGCAGCAGUGACCACAGCCAAAAAAUCCAGAUUUACAGGUAUAACUCCACUCAGUACUUGA